AGACCACACUAGUUUUGUUGAUUUCAUGCUAACAUUUUUUUGUAGAACUUUUGUUUGAUCGCCGUUCUUGGUCGAGCACGUGUGUUGUCAGGCGGUCUCUGGCUAUUUCGGCUGUAGAAACAUGGCUGAACAUAUGGGACUUGUGAGAGAAACCUUCCACCGUCUCUUUUGACAUAUUUAUGCGAUGUAAACACUUGUGAAGCCAGAAUUCAAUGAGUAUUUUGGCGCCUCUCGCUGCUGACAUGGGAUAGCUGCGGUAAAUUGAGCAGCAUUUAAAAACAAACGCACUUUUUUGGACUAGUUAUUAUUCUUCGUGUACAAUAAUGUACAGUUCGACAUCCAACCACGGACCCCUGGUGUCGGAGGAAUGUUCUGGUAGCAGCAGUAAUAUUUUAGUCCACCACAACAUUAAACUCAUCGAGACACAUGACGUUGAGAAUAUCGGCCUGAUGAGUUUGGCCAGCGAGGACGACGAUGAUGAAGUCCAGUUUGACACCUCAGACACAGAUGAUAACCAUGAGGUGUUGAUGGCCGGCAGGCGUUACCUGUCCAUCCAGGAGUUUGCCUCAGCAAUCCCCAACCACCUUCUGCUGGGCUCUCUGCUGGAGCACCUGUGCUUUGUCUACGAGAGCAAUCCAGCACGCUCACGUAUGCUGUUUAAAGUCAUUGGCCAGCGUUUAGCCGCCAUGAACCUCCUCUCACCUUUGGCUGUAAGUGAUGAGUUCAGCACCGUCAGACUGCAGCACAACCGGGCCUUCACUGAGCUGCUUCAUGCCGCAAGCUCCUCGCUAUAUCCACAGGGUCAACAGCUUCUUGGCUCAAACGCACACAAUCCAGCAGUAAGACCGAAGGAGGGCCUGUUUCAAGCGCAGACGUCUCGGUAUCUUAGCGAAUUUGAGGAGAUUUGUAGACUUGGAAAAGGAUCAUAUGGAAAUGUUUGGAAGGUUAUGAACAAACUGGAUGGACAGUGCUACGCUGUGAAGAAAAUACUCAUCAAAAAGGUCUCAAAGGAUGACUGCAUGAAGGUCCUCAGGGAAGUAAAAGUGUUGUCCAGCCUGCAGCAUGUAAAUGUUGUGGGCUAUCACACUGCCUGGAUGGAACAUGUUCAGCCUGCGGCCCCUGAGUCUCUCCUGCCAGCACUGAGAGAUCAUGAAAGUUCCGAUGAGAGCCCAGACAGCAGCAGCACCAGCUCCAUUGUUUUUGAAAGCCUCAGUCACGCACCGUCAGAUGCAGCCCCACGUGCCAAAGCACACCCAGGAGAGACCCAGCCUGUCAAAGCUUUAGUUCCGACCCAAGAGAAUGGCCAAGUGGUGUGUCCCAAAACGAUGCGGCGCAUCCCGAAGAACUACGUCCCCUGUGUGUUCCUGGGACACCGAGAUCCCAUGAAGGCCACCAAAUGUCCUGCCACAGGCUGGGACAGUUCAGCACUUCUAGAGGAGGAGUCUAGCAGGAGUAGCAUGGAACUGAACAACAACUCCUGCAUUGACAAGGAUUGUCAGCAGUGGGCUGACGUUUGCACAACAAAGCCUCCCAAAGAGGUCCAAUUCCACCUGAUGCUCUACAUCCAGAUGCAGCUGUGUGAGCGCUCUCUCAAGGACUGGAUCUCUGACAGGAACAACAAGCCCAAAGAAGAACUGACCUCAACAUGUCCAUAUGGAUGUGUUGAUACUGAACACACACUGAGCCUGCUGAGAAGGAUACUUGAAGGCGUCGAGUACAUUCACUCCAGGGGAAUCAUGCACAGAGACCUGAAGCCAAGGAACAUUUUCCUCCAUGGUCAUGACAGUCAUGUUCGGAUUGGGGACUUUGGUUUGGCCUGCAGGGAUCUAAUAAUGGAUGGUCAUAAAGGGACCUCCUCUCCCAGCGCUGAUUCCUCACAUACCACAGGUGUUGGCACAUUUGUAUAUGCUGCACCAGAGCAAUUUAUGGGCUCCCAUUAUGAUUCAAAGUCAGACAUGUACAGCAUCGGGGUGCUCGCUUUCGAGCUAUUCCAGCCCUUUGGGACAGAGAUGGAGCGGGUCCGGACCCUUGGGAACCUGAGAGAGGGGAAAAUCCCAGAUUCGUUCUGCCAAAGAUGGCCAGUCCUGACUAAAUACAUCAUGAAACUGACGUGUAAAGAGCCAAGUGUUCGGCCCACAGCUAGCCAGCUUCUACAGAGUGAACUCUUCUGCAGUAAAGACAUUGUGAUCCAUGGCUUGAAGAAAAGGGUUGAACAGCAGGAGGAAGAGAUCAUGCAGCUGAGGAGACAGAUCAGCCAGCUUCAGAGCUCACAAGUCACAGUUCACAUCUCUGAGCCGGACAAAGCCUGACCCUUUAAUCUCAACUCUUCACAGACUGUCAAUACUUGAUUCAUUCUACCACUGCUGUACUGUGUUUUGCUUACUUGGUACAAGUGGUAGAGUGUGUGUGUGUGUGUGCGUGUGUGUGUGUGCGCGUGCAUGUGUAAUCAUUUGAGUGUGUCUUGUACACCUGGAUGUAAGGGCGCAGCUAUUUAUCUUCAUUCAGUUCAAUAAAACCAGUUUCUGAUAUGCCUUGCCAGAUUUA